GUAUGAAGGCCUCUCAGAAAAAUUUCUGUCAUGUGCUGUUCCAAAGCUCUUGCUGUUAGCUGGAACAGAUAGAUUGGACAGAACUCUAACAAUUGGUCAAAUGCAAGGCAAGUUUCAAAUGAUUGUUAUCAGACAUACUGGCCACGCUAUACAGGAAGAUGUGCCUGAUGAAUUUACUACUCAUUUACUCAGUUUUAUCUCUCGCAAUCGAAUAGGCCCUCAUGGCAUUGAGAUACCAGGAAUUCGCAGGCCAUCACCAUCAGAACCUUAA